ACCAAUCCAGUGGGAAAAUAAGUAUUUUGUGGUUAUUUUUUCCCGAACGCUGCUAAUAAUGGGAGACAAGGAGAGAUCUAUCGAGGCGAAGGGGGAGAAGAAGGAAAUGAUGACGGUUCCUCUCUGUCCUCCGAUCUACCCACUGCCUGAAGAAAUAAAAAAGAUGGAGCGGAGUGAUACAGUGUGCCAAUAUUGCGGUGUAAGCUACCUCAUAUAUCACGAGUUCCAUCAGCUGAACACCCGACUGGCUCAGCUGGAGAUGGAGCUCCAGGACCUGAGAGAGACGGCUCAGAGAGAGAAGGCCCAGCGAGAGGCACUGGAGAUGGGCAGGGUGGAGUGGGAGAGGUCACUAAACCUGGAGGUGCAGAUAAAAGCAGAAAAGAAAAAGAACAGCAUGAAGGAAGAGCUGGAAAAGAAGAACAGAGAUGCAGAGAAGUUUCUGAGAGAGGAGUUCGAGAAGAAGAGGAGAGCGAUGGAGGAGGACCAUAAGAAAAUCAUCGAUGAGAAGGAGAAGCAACUUCGGAAAGAACUGGGAGACGUAGAGGAGAAGAGACUGAGGAAACAGAGGGAUGAGCUGGAAAGGAAGAGUGAGGAGAGGGAGAAAGUUCUGAGUGACGCACUUCAAAAGGCCAAUAAAAAUUUAGAUGAGCUGAGAAAAUACCUCCGACAACUGGAACACAGCCUGGCGGUGGCAGCUUCCUUGAAAGAGGAUGCAGAACAGUUACUUGGGCAAGAGAAACAGCACAGGGAGAUUCUCAGAGGUGUGUCUGUGCAGCAGGUGAAGGUCCUCCAAGCCACUCUCUCUACGCUCCGUUCCUCUGGCAGAGAGCUCGCUGAUAUACGGGGUUUCCUCGGCCAGUUGACAGGGGCCUGGCAGGCCUUCAAAUCGCAGAUACUGCAGCGCAGUGCACAGGCAUCCUCAGUGCUGAAAGAAGAGCUCAAACAUUCCAGUGAGGAGUUACACAAAAUGAGGGAAGAGAGAGAGAACCUAGAUCAGCAGCUGACGGAGCUGAGGAAACGGAGUGAGGAACAGCUGUUCCAACAGGAAGAGUCUGACAAGAAGAACCGAGAUAAAAUACUCAGAUUAAAAGCAGAGAUGGAGGAGAAACGUGACAGGUGGUUGUCAUGCCAACAAACGUGUGACACGAUACAGGACCAGCUUUCAUUAUGGCAACAGAGGGAAGAACAAACAAACCAGAGGUACUGCUCAGCCAAAGAGGAAGUGACACAGCUGAAGGAAGCCCUGGAGAAAGUCCGACAGGAAACAAGAGACCUGAAGAGAGAAAGAGACGCGUUGAUAGACUCCCAUGGUCGAGCCCUGGAAAAUCUGGAGAAAGACUUCACACAGGAAAUGGCUUUAAAGCUGGCUGGUGCCCUGGAGGAGCAGAAGACCCAGAGUGGAUUGCACCUGCGGGAGCAGAUGGAGGAGUUCCGCAGGGAGGUGGAGCUGGAGCUGAGCAUUGACAGGGAGAAGAACCAACUGCUGCUUCUUCAAUACCAACGAGACAGCACGCAGCUUCAGCAGAAGCUGAAGCACAGAGAGCAGGAGCUGGGAGAACUGAAAGAGGAGCUGCUGCAAGAGAGGAGGAGCAUGGCAGAGGAGAGGAGGACACAAGAUGAGCAGAGCAGGAGGAGAGGGGAGAUUCACAAGGAGCUGCACCUUUCCAGACAGCAGGAGGCACUACAGCUGAGCGAAGCCAAAGCUGAACUACAGCUUAUGAAGGAGAGCAAUGCUGAACUACAAGAAGAGGUGGUGUUACUCCAGGAGACAGUAAGGAGGGAGUGUCAGGAGAGGGAGGAUCUGACUGCCGCUCUGUCCGAAGUUCAAGAGGAGCUCCAGUGUCUGCGCUCCCCGGUGUCUCAUCAGGACUCCCUGAAGUCUCCUUUAAACCCCAUAGAAAGAAACACACCCCCAGGGAACAAGCAUUUCCAUUUCCUUAGUCACUCCCGAAUACCACUUAACCGUGCUUCAAGCUCACCAAAAACACUCACACAACCCUCUCCUGCCUGGUACUGCACAUACCGCAGCACAGAUGGAGGAGUAGCUGGCAAGAGUCUGGAGUCCUGGAAUGGUGGUGAGGUGUUAGGUGGAGGAAAACUACCCAGACUGAAAGUAAGCAGCACAGUGAGUGAAGUCAAACAUAAAGUCUCUUCAGGGAUGGGGAGGAAGUAGAAACUGUAAAAAGUCCAUCCAUCCAUCCAUCUUCUACUGUCAGUCCUUCGCAGGGCAAACACACAGAGACCAUUCACUCGCAAAUUCACAUCUAGAGUGUCGAAAGAACCUCUGCAUGUUUUAGGACUUGGGAGAACACGCAAACCCCCACAUAGAAAGGCCCGAACCGGGAUGCGAACCAGCAGUCUUCCUGCUGCAAGGUGACCUGCAACGUGCUAGCCACGUUGCCUUUUAUCUGCCUUUCUCUAAAAUAAACGGACACAUAUGUAAUAAGCAGACAAGCUGAUACAAUAGACACAAUUGCUGAAUCCUGUUGACACAGCAGCAAAUUCCCAGGACGUAGACUCUCUCCGAUAGACAUGCACUUGUUUUCGCACAACCCGACUCACGCAGUCUCACUGGCACGCAGAGGAUUUCACAGACAAACACCCAUUCACGCACAAACUGUACAGGCACACGGACGUGCACGCACACGGACACACACAGCCUGUCACAAGGACAGUGCUGAAGGAGCAUGACAGCAUGUCCCUUGCCACCCAUGGACACAAACAAAGGGCAACACAAAAGAAACUGUAAGGCAAGCACACACACACACACACACACACACAGUCCUCUCCCCUUAGGCAUUGUGUGUUAUUGACAUCAAUUACUCCAUACAAGGUCUUUCCAUCCCUCCCUCUUCCUUUCUGUCUAUGUUUGGGAUGAAUUGUCAUAAUGGGAGAAACCCGUGAAGAGAGCGAGAGAGUGUGUGCGUGUGUGUGUGUGGCAUGUUACUAAUUUCCCUGCCUACUAUCACACAUGGAAAUCUUUUUGGUUUGAUCCUCUCUUCCAGUCUGUCUGCCAGACAAUGCCCAUCGUUCAGGACAGACGUAAUGAUUUUAUCCUGCCAAAGUUUCCUGUUUUGCCAAAACACACACUUAUGGUUUGUCUAGCUACAAGCUUCACUGUGUGGAAAAACGUUUCGAGUCACAGAACAAUAAGCAUUCUGUGCCACUGAAACCUAAUUGUCUACCUCCUCUAUUUGUACAACAUGGACUAAUGGGACAUUUCCAAUCACACAUAGCAAACUGAUUCAUGUUUGAUGUAGGUUAACAUACAUUGCUUAUAACGAAAUAGGAUUUCAAUUGAUAUAAUCACGUGAGUUUAUAAUUCCCGAAACAAUCGUUCAAAUGCUGUUAACUAUUGUUAUUUCAUUUCAUUUCUGAAAAAAACUGUAACACUUUAGG